AUGUUUGGUUCAACUGAUUUUUGGAUUGUAAUUUAUAUAUACAACCUAAAAAAAGACAUCGUAAUACUUAAUUAAUUUGCAGUUAUUUCAAUGUUAAUAGUUUGCAUCAACUAAUUUAAUAGUGUUCACAAUAAAUCAUAUUAGUAAACUAUUAUAGAAUUAGUAGUCUUAUAUUUGUUUGAUGCCUAUUUGCAGUACAACAAUUAUAAAAGCAAUGAGAAACCAAACAAAAAUCAAUUUUAUAGGAAAUUUAACAUUGCUCAUUAAGAAAUCCUGAAUUCUUGUCAUGAUCAAAAAACAACGUAAUCUAAACAGCAUAAUCAAAGAAAGAAUGUGUUAAUUGUCAAUCAAUGUCAAAUUAAUGAAUCUCGCUAUUAAAUUUACUAGGCAUAAGACUCAAUUCCGAGUUUAAAAGAUAUAUUUUAUCCCGAAUGGAAAAAGACUUACUAUUGCUCUUCAGAAUAAGAAUUACUAAAUGUAUAUGAUAAAGAAAAUUCGAAUUUAUUUUAUAUUCUAUAUAUACCAUCAGAGAAGAGCAAGGAAAUUUACAGAGUGCAAAUUACAAAAACUAAGGCUUAGGAUUAUAUAUUAUACUAUACUAAACUAGAUAGUCUCUUGUACUUCAAAAUGAAAGGAUCAAAAAGAAAAUUCAGAUAAAAUUUAUCUUAAAUAUUCUCCCACAAACUCAAAACUCCAUUAAACUAAGCUUUGGCUAAGAUUACAUCAAUGCUUACUGAUAAGAAUGUGCUUCCAUAUCAAAAAGUCAUUCUUUCAUAAAUCUAUAUCCAAUAGAAAUGUCAAUUGUAUGGCAUAUUGGACUUUUUAGACUAUGUUAAUUCAGAUUCCAUGACUUUCUAACCUUCUCGUAUUACCUUAAUGUAGAUUAUCUAAAAUGUUAAAGAUCUAAUUAGAGAGUAAUGCAAAGCCAAAUCAAUCAAAUUACGUAUACUAAUUGAAAGCAAACAAUUAAAAGAUUAUAAAGGAAUGAUUGUACUAUUUACUGAUUCAUUGAAAUUGGAAAGAAUUCUUUACAAUUUGUUAAAUAAUGCUUAUCGACAUUCUAAUCAGAAUGGAACAAUUCAUUUAACUGUGGAAUUGGUUUAAGGAACGUUGAAUUUUGCAAUAAAAGAUUCUGGAAUAGGAAUGACGGUUGAAAUGAUGGCGGAUUAUAAUUUAUAAUUUUAAUGUCUUCAAAAUCCUUCGAAAUCAAUCAAACGCUCUUGGAACCACAAAUUAGGAACUACUUUAUUAGUGACCAACAAAUUGGUUCAUUUAUUAAAUGGAAAUAAGGGUCAGAUCUAAAUUCUUAAAUAGAAUGAGUCUGAGUUUAAGUUCUCCAUCUUACAAGAAUUGAAUAUAAACAAAGGAGUGUCAGACAUAGGGUUUGGCAGUUUGAGUUCAGAUAGAUCAGAAAUGAAUGUAUUAAUUAAUUAGUAAGAUCACAUGGAUGAAAUUUAAGAAGAGGAUGAUUAUAUAGUAAAUGAACCAAAGAGUUAGGAAAUAAAAAUAGAAUAGAUCAAACAUGCAAGGAAUUAUAAAUAGAUCACUCUACUACCUCAAUCUCAAGGUCAAAGUAAACAUUCAUAAUUGUUCAAUAAGAGAUCUUCAUCUAUUUUUGAUGUGAAUUCCUUUUUGAGAUAAUUUAGUUUUAAGGACGGUGGGAUAGAGUCCAACCAAGAAUUAAUUAUAGAUAAAGAUCAAUAUAUUAUGAUUGUUGAUGACGAACCAUUUAAUCAUGAUGCUCUACUAAUGAUGUUGAUGAGAUUAGGAUAUGGUAAUUUCAUGCAUGCUUACGAUGGAAGCGAUUGCAUAACUAAGACAAAGGAGAACCACUCUAAAAUUAAAUUCAUUUUAAUGGAUUUGGAUAUGCCCAUUUUAAAUGGAUUUAAAGCCACAUCCUCACUUAUUGAACUAAUGAAAACUAACUAAAUUAAAAUGAUUCCCAUUAUAGCAUGCACUGCUCAUGAUGAUUACUUAACUGAAACACAAUGCAAAUCUGUCGGUAUGAUAGACAUCAUCAUCAAACCAGUCUUUUUAAAGCAACUAUAAGUUGUACUGAAAAAUAUCCCUAAAAUCCUAUGA